AUGACAGUAAUCUAAAAAGUGUUCAAAGGCUUACUUUAAGCUGGAACUUUUAUUUUGUCCAACCGCCACUUUCUUCAAUUACCUAACCUACCCUUUCUUCCUCCCAACUUGUUACACUAUAUCCUCAUCUGUAUGUGUGUGUAUGUAUGUAGUAUAUAUAUGUAUAUAUAUAUAUGGGUGCCUGUUCAUGUGUGAUUCAUAAGUGCUUAUUUCCUCCUUCCAUCGGAAUUCCUUGGUUUUUCUGAUUUCUUCUCAAAUCAAAGCUCAAAUAAGACCUUCUUACCGUCACUCCAAUGCUAUAUAUGCAAUUUUUUCCUCCUACUGAUACACACACACAAUACCCACAAAAAAUUUCGCAAUUUUUUUUCAGCAUUCUUUCUUGAUUCUCUUCCCAAUCUUCAUUUCACAUCCUCCCCUAUUUAAUCUGUAUCCAUAACCUCUCACAGCAAUAAUAAAGCUUGUUCUUUUAUUUUCUUGUUCGUUCAAUACACUUCAAUUCUUGUUGGUUUCUUGGUGGAGAAAUGGGUAGUGUUGGGGUGUUGACAAACUCAGUAUUGGUUUGUGCUCCUUUAAUGAGUCAAUCCGUCGAGCAGAUGGUGAGUGACAUGCAAGAGGCAAAGGCACAAGGGGCAGAUAUAGUGGAGAUCAGGCUUGAUUGUGUAAGGGACUUCAGGCAUCCUCAAGACCUCAAAUUCCUCCUCAAGAACAAGCCACUCCCAGUUGUCAUCGUGUAUCGGCCAAAAUGGGAAGGUGGUCAGUAUGAUGGUGAUGAAAACAUGCGGUUGGAGACCCUUCAUUUAGCUAAGCAACUGGGAGCGGAUUAUGUCGAUUUGGAGCUCAAGGUAGCUUCUGAUCUAAUUGGGGAACACAAACUGGAUAAGCAUAGAAGUAGCAAAAUGAUUGUAUCGUACUAUGUCGAUGGUAGUAUUCCCUCAAAAGAAGAUCUCAGCCAACUUGUUGCCCACAUGCAAUCGACAGGAGCAGAUAUCAUCAAACUUGUCUCCAACUCAAGUAGCAUUACAGAACUCUCGAGAAUUUUUCAUUUGCUUUCACACUGUCAGAUACCGCUAAUUGCAUACUCUAUAGGGGAUAGGGGUCUAAUUAGCCAAUUAUUGGGCCCAAAAUUUGGUGGGCUUUUUGUCUACGGAUCUGUUGAAGAAAACCCUGUGCCUGGUCUUCCAACUUUAUUCAGCCUUCGACAUGCUUACGGAAUUGAGUACAUAAAUGCUGAGACUAUUGUUUUUGGGCUGAUCUCAAAACCAGUGGGCCACAGCAAAGGUCCGCUGCUUCAUAAUCCUAGCUUUAGACAUGUGGGCUUCAAUGGAAUUUAUGUCCCCAUGCUUGUAGAUGAUCUCAAAGAUUUUUUUCCCAUUUACUGUAGCCCAGACUUUGCAGGUUUCAGUGUAGGAAUUCCAUACAAGGAAGCUGCAACUGAAUUUUGCGAUGAAGUCCAUCCACUUGCUCAGUCUAUAGGUGCUGUAAAUACUAUUAUAAGGCGGCGGGCUGACGGGAAGCUGAUUGGCUACAACACGGAUUGUGAGGCUUCUAUAACUGCUAUUGAGGAUGCUCUAAAAGUAUGGGGAUGCACGAAUGGGGAAGCAACUCUCCCAUCUCCUCUCACUGGGAGAAUGUUUGUUUUAGUUGGUGCUGGAGGAGCUGGAAGAGCACUAGCAUUUGGUGCCAAAAUUAGGGGAGCACGGGUUGUCAUAUUUGACCUUGAUUUUGACAGAGCAAAGUCUCUUGCUAUGGCUGUGUCAGGUGAAGCUCAGCCUUACCAAGACUUGCCAAAUUUCCAGCCGGAGAAAGGUGCGAUCCUUGCCAAUGCAACACCUGUGGGAAUGCAUCCAAAUAAGGACCGAAUUCCGGUGGCCAAGGUCACCUUGGGCGAUUACAAACUUGUCUUUGAUGCUGUUUACACACCUAGAAAGACCACCCUAUUAAAAGAAGCUGAGGCCGCUGGAGCUAUCAUUGUCAGUGGAGUCGAAAUGUUCCUCCGUCAGGCCAUUGGCCAGUUCAACCUCUUCACUGGUGGAGAAGCGCCUAGAGAAUUCAUGCGUGACAUUGUUCUAGCAAAGUUCUGAUGCAUCUCAUUCGUCGGUCUGGCAUAGGAUAAUUAAGUUAAAAGUUAAACCACAAUAGGUAUGCCAUUGAUCAAGUGUGCAACAGUGAAACUAAUUAACUAAGAUGUGAAGGUGAUCAAAUUGGAAAAAAAUAUUCUUUGGGGAAAGCAAUGAAUAUUGUUUCCCAAAUAAGGCCUAUUGAGUGAACCUAUGAUCAUGUGUUGUGAAUCCUGUGUUAUGGGAUGGGGCCUUCAUAUGAAUUGAAACAAUGACUCUAUUGCUAUUGUAAUCUUUGAAUAAGCACAAUUGGACCCAUUUCCUUUCUGUUAAUCUUGAAGCUCUGACACUGUUCAGACGGCCUUUAA